GAGGGAAAAGCGUCUGCAGAACAGGGAUCAUUGUUUUUCCGUGAUGGCAAAGCCCGCGAAGAGUUAAAGCAAAAUACGCAUUAAUAAUCUGAAUCAUAUCUAGGCAGAUCUGUGCAUGAGAAACAUGGCAGAUUCUGAUCUUUAUAUGCAAUGUGAUGAAGACGAACUAGAGCCAUGCCAGAGUGUUACAGAAAGCAGGGGCCAGCGAUUGAACAAAGUUACUGUAGUCCCAAGCGUCAUUAAUGCACAGAUAUCACCACAGCCUAAUGGCGCCUCUACUGAUCAGACAUCAGCUGCUUUUGGACUCCCAAAUCAAGCUGUGCCUUUGGCUUCUGCUCCUGCUGUUACACUCCUGCCUAAUGCAGUCCAGACAGGUGGAGCAGCGGGACAAACUAUCUACUUCAGUGCGCAGCCUAACUCAGGUCAACCUCUGGCCGGCUCAAUGAAUUUGGGAACAUACUUCUUGAAUGGACAGCCUGUUAGUUUUGUGACUGCUGGUCAGACACCCCAGUUGAUUGCUCCGCGGAUGGUUACUCCAGGGAGUGCACAGCAAACAGCCCCUGGAAAAGUCUCCACUAUGCAGAUGCCGGUCGCACUAACCCUCAACAGCCCCUCGAACCUGCAAAGCAUCACCCCAGCGGCUCCAGGAGUGAACGCUCGUAACGUCACACCCUCCAACAUCCUACCAGCCACAGCACCAGGAUCAAUAAUAAAAGUAAUCAAGUUUAUGAAGUAUCCUGGAGCUCCUGGAUCUGCUGGGCAAGUGAUGAGUUCAGUAGCUCAGCCCAGCCAGCCGAUGUCCAUCCAGAACAGUAUAACACACCAAACUCCAGUGUCGAUCCUGCCUGCUGGGAUUGCUCAGACCCUUAUGCCUCAAAUGCAGAUAUUGGCUCCUGCUCCUGGCACAGCGAGUAAUGCACUGAAAAGAACCUCCAGUUCAUCAACUUUCUGUCCUCGCUGUAAAGCUGUUUACCAAAAGAGUCUACCCCUCCGUGGAUAUUUCUGUCAAUGCAGUCAAGAACUUAUCAAAAGCAUCUGGAGCCUGAAAUCCCACACUAAAAACAGGCUCAGAGCCCGCUCAAAAAGGCCCCCGCGUGACACACCCGCCUCCUCUGCAUCUUCAAAAACCUCUCAGAAAGACGUCACUUCUUGCGAGUUGCCUGAGGGAGCACCUAACCCUCGCUCUGGAGAUUUUGACGAACAGGGCAGAAUGAUCAUGCUGGUUGAAGACUUCUUCUAUGGUCAACACCCUGGCCGGCCUGCAGAUGUCAGAUAUCCAUGGGAGCACAUUUCAAUGAAAUGCCAUCUUUGUUCCAAGAAGUUAAUAGGCAACAUUGAGAUGAUGAACCAUAUGAAACACCACAUGGAGCGGGAUUGCCGAACAGGGGAAGUGGACUGUCAUACUGUAUGUCAACACUGCUACAGAAACUUCUCAACGCCUUUCGGUCUGCAAUGUCACGUCGAGGCCGUCCAUAUUCAAGCAGAGUCCUCAAAGGUGUGCAAGAUCUGUGAAUGCUUGUUUGAGAGCGAACCCCUCUUUCUGAACCACAUGAAACACGUGCACAAGCCUGGCGAGAUGCCCUACGUGUGUAAGGUGUGUGACUUCCGCUCCUCUUUCUACAAAGAUGUUAUGAACCACUUCACGGAGCACCACAAGGACACCUGCAUCUUAUUGUGUGUGUACUGCCUAAAAAUAUUUAGGUCUUGUGGCGGAUUUCAGUUGCACUACACUAGACAUCAGAAAAAAGGAGCACGAAAUUGUGAUAAAUGCCGACUUCAGUUCUGCUCGGAAAAGGACGAGUGGCACCACAAACAAAGGUUUCACAGGACUUAUGUCAAGCCCAAGCAAUUGGAGGGCCUCGUGCCUGGUACUAGGAUAAUCAUCCGAGCUUAUGCUGACAAUACGGACAACAGAGCUCAGUUUGGAGAACCUCCAGUGGAGCCUUGCCCAAAUACCACAUCAACACCUGACCAAUCUCAAAAUGUCCACAGCAAAAUCGUUCCUGUGAAGAAAAAGCCGGUGGAAAGUAUGGUGGAGCUGAUGGUCAAGUUUGAGAGCAAUUUCAACCCAAAAGAAAAAAAAUACUACUGUAUGGAAUGCAACCAUGAUAUUCCAUAUUUUUCCAACCAUUUCCCCACCUAUGUGAGCUGCUCACUCUGCCGAUACUGUACCUGCUGUUCCAGAGCCUAUGCCAAUCACAUGAUCAGUGUGCAUGUCCCUCGCAAGAGCACCAAGAAAUAUAUUACCCUAUACAAACCCUGCCCAAAGAAGGGCCGUCUAAGUUGUACCAAAUGUAAGUUCAAUACUACGAUUGGAGAUUCGAUGGCCAAACAUCUCGCUAACUUUCCGAAACAUCAAGCAAGCCGAAGCACCAUUCAGGAGGGAUUUUCACAAGGCUAUAAAAGGUUUGUCUUCAUCCCAACCAACCUACUCCGAGGAGGCCAGAGACUCAACAACACGGGCUUUUUGCAUUUGCAAGUCAAGCAAGUGGACAGGAGUUCCUCAAUACCCCUUCUUCAACCCAGUUACACAAUAACGCUCCCUGCCAGCCCCGCUCGCAUGCCACCCCUACCCAUCCAGGCUCAGCCCACAGAAAAAAGCAAGGUCAGGCCAAUAGCUCCAAAGCCAGCUUUACACUCGCUCACUGCUGCUCAGAAUAAAGUUGUGCUGUACGCCCUAUGCUGUGGCGUCCCUCAAGCUGCCAUUCACUUCAAUAAGCCACCAGAGGAAGUUCACUCGCUGCUUUUGAAACGCCAAACUGUGGUUGAACCAUCAAAAGGCAAAUACUUCUUGACACCGCAGGCAGCGGAUAAGCUAAUUCAAUGGGUUUACUGCCAACGUGAGCAACAGCUACCAAUCAGCGAAGCUAACUUGUUGGAAUUCAUGUACAAUCAUGGUUCGCGAGACUUCUCUUACGAUUCGGUGGUUGAUUUCUUCCUACGCCAUGAUCUGGGCUUGCAGGCGUUUGCAACAUCCAGCAAGUUGCCGCCAUUACAUUGCCAGCAGCUAGAGCGCUCCUUUAGCAGCUUUCUAAAAGAGCAAGUCAACUCGCAAGCAUUUAGUCUGUCCUCAAUUGGCUCCAUGGACGAGCUGUCCGUCUUUGUGGAUUUGGAGAAGCUGGUGGAUUCAACAUCCAUGAUGUCCGCUUUUAAACUGAUAGGCACCACAGAACCAACCAUAGAUGUUGUGUUUACAGCAUUAGCUGAUGGGAACUUGUUAUCCGUCAUGCUUUUUGUCAAAAGCGAGCCUCCUACGCUUGAUGCACAUUCAUUGUCGGACUCUGUCAUCCUGGAGGCUCGACCUGAAGGCUUCACAAAUGAGGAACGCCUUCAAGUUUGGAUUGACAAAGUGUGGAGUCCAUAUGUUAACCCAAGUUCUGGUGGCAAAGGGUUAUUAAUGAUGGACCUCUACAAAGGCCACACGUCCAAUGAGUUCUUGGCAGCGCUUAAUCGCGUUAAUACUCUUCCAGGAUUGGUCCCGCAUGGUUGCUCUCGCCGCCUACAGCCGCUGGAAGUGUGUAUGGGGCCGGUGUUGCGCGAGUUCAUGCAGGCUAGCUGGACUGAACUUGUCACGAAGGCACCACAGGAAUUGGUUGGAGCCAAACCGGCUGACCUCGCCAUUAUAAUCGCUCGCUGGCUUACAGAAGUUCUGGAUGUGCUUAAAGCAGAGCCCAAACAUCUCUUCCGCUCUUUCGAUUGGAUAUUGAGCACGAAUGAAUCCUCAGAGGAACCUGCGGAGCUCAUGCGGAGUCUCACCGAAGCUCUGCUCGCCAGUAAAUUGCAAGGAGAUAAAGUUGAGGAGCAGAAAGCCGAGACCUCCAGCGUCGUUUCUGCAGAAUCCUGGCCCUCUCCGCAGUCCAGCAUACUCGCAUUGAAAAAGAUCUUCGAGAAGGACAGUGAUGUGGAGACUUUCCAUGGUUUUGAGGACUCUGAGAUUACAGAUCUGUAGGUUCUUCUUUAAAGAGACAGUUCACACUAAAAUGAAGAUAUUCUGAUAAGAAAACUGCUAUUGACAUCCAUAGUAGGAACAACAAAUAUUAUAGAAGUCAGUUUUUUUCAGCAUUCUUCGGUAUAUCUUCCUUUGUGUUCAACAGAAAAAACUCAAAUGGGUUUGGAACAAGUCAAGGAUGAGCAGAAUUUUUAUUUUUGGGUGAAUAGUCUCUUUAAUCUGCAGGUGUUUUUUUUUUAUAUAUGUGCCUUCCUUCUGUCAUCAGAAACUCGUCUCAUUUUUGGAGAAUGAAAUAUAAAAACAUCAUGCAAAUGUAGGUUAUUGCUUGUAUAUGUAAAUAUUUGAUGCAUUUGAUUUGUUGAAGAUCCCUAGUAGUAACGCCUUCUAUUGUUCUUUAAAGGAUGAAUGUGCAACUUGUUACAACUAAUAGUUUUUUCUCAUCACUGUUUGCCUUUUUCAUCAGGUUUGAUCUAUCAGAAUGUGCAUAAAUGUAAAUAGAAAUGAGUUGAAAUCGUCACCUAUUGUAUUUAGGGUUAUACUGUAUAAUACUUGAUUAUGUGCUAAUGAAUAAACAGCUUUAGGUAUGUAA